AUGGCUUGUGAUGCAAAAGGACACGUCCUUGGGAACUUCCAUGCGUACUACACCUUUAACACAGUGCACGAACGUCUACGAUUUAUAAAUACAAAGACGAUCAAUGCUCUACGACGUGCAAUUCUUGUGAAGAAAUCGACUGGAGAUUGGAUGGACACGAGCGAAGAGACGUCCACUGUCAUUGACAUUGGUUGUAACGAAGGCGACUUGACCAUUGGACUCUACAAUGCAUUGAGUGGAUCCACAAAGCUCACGAAUACUAUUGAUAUUGAUGGUGUCACCAGCUUUAAUCUUUCGAAUAUCAGUACACUGAAUGAGCGAAUGCAGAAGGAUAAGAAACAGGUGGAGUACCAAACUGAUGAUAUGGGUGAGACCAGCCACCGAAGGCGCUACGUAUGUGAACUACGGAUUGACGGUAAACGUAUGGGUUGUGGUGAAGGCGUAUCCAAAAAGGUAGCUAAGGCUAAGGCGGCUGAAUUGGCUUUGCGAGCACUGGACGACAACAAUCAGGAACAGGAAAAGCAGGAGAAAUCUGCUGAUGAAAACGCUGUCCCAGAACAUUUGUCACUGACAAAAGAAGAGCUGACGACGAGAAAGUCACUAAUGGUUCUUGGUGUAGAUAUCGACGAAGUGCUGAUUGAACGCGCCGCGAAGAAGCCUCUGCAGUUGUGUAAGGGGGAUCUUGUGCGGUUCCAUCAUGUUGAUGUCAUGACGAGCACUUUUAGCAAGGAUAUCGCACCGUUUUUGGAGCUGGCGAAGCGCUCAACAGCAAAAAGAAAGUUUGACUUGGUCACUUGCUUUAGCGUGACAAUGUGGAUUCAUUUAAAUCAUGGAGAUGACGGUCUUUGGAAAUUUCUUGAGACGGUCAGUGACAUGACCGAGUACUUGAUCAUCGAGCCACAGACGUGGAAAUGCUAUCGGAACGCACAGAAGCGGUUGAAGCGCAUGCGAGUCGAGAUACCUCAGUCUUUCUGCGAGAUUAAGGUUCGUACAGAUAUUGUAGAGAAGAUUGAUACAUUUCUGCUAGCUGCUGGCCGAUUCCGCUACAAGGCACAACUUGGCAAGACCAACUGGUCGCGGAAUGUAGUUCUCUACAGCCGCAUGCUCAUACCUGGGAUCAUUUGCGUCUGA